AUGUCGAAUCCCGCCCCAUCUUUUUUGACUAGAUGGUACAUGAAUAGCGUAUCUAACAUGCUCCGCCAUGUUGCUCGGCACGGUGACGGUAGACUUUGUCCAAAUUUCAUAGAACUGCUCAGGACAACUGGUGACCGUGUCUUCGUCCAUGAGUCUCAGUACAACGGGAUGAACCAGGGGGUUAUUCCCCUUAACCCAGAUCCGAUGUUCACGUACAAUGGUUAUCGGAACGCACUGGACGCCUUGAUCAUUGCUGCCAGCCAGCUGUUUCAAGGACCCCAUGCCAAGGUCUAUAAGCAAAUUAGUAGAAGCUUAACCGGUCUCUUGGCCGUCGCCCAUUCAAAGGGUUCGGAGCGGCUCCUGCUUAUUCUAAGCGAAGAAGAUAUAGACAGUCGGUGGGAGGCCCACCUCUACGACUUGGGCCAUGCCAUCAUGCUCAUAGUCUGA